CUUCUCGCAAACAUCGGCUGCUUGCCUUGUAUUUCGAACACACAGAGCAUAAACAGUGUUGUGUUAGCUGCUAUAGCCUUGCAUGUGUUUCAUCUCUGAAUUCUAAUUUUUAAAAUCAUAAAUAAAAUGGACGUCGAAGAAAACAACCAGAAUCUGAAUGUGAUGGCUUCAUCAGGAGCAACGGGAAGUAUAUCUGUAUUACUGCACCCUUUGGUUGUCAUGAAUAUAUCGGAACACUGGACUCGAGUACGAGCACAAGAAGGGAAAGCACAGCAAGUGAUUGGUGCACUCAUUGGGCAACAGAAAGGCAGAAGCUUGGAAAUUAUGAAUUCCUUUGAACUGGUGUUCACUGUUAUUGACAACAUUGUAAUUGACCGAGACUACUACAACACUAAAGAGGAACAAUUUAAGCAGGUGUUUAGUGAUAUGGAUUUCCUUGGCUGGUAUACAACUGGAGAUGCUCCCAAUGAAUCUGACAUUCACGUCCACAAACAGAUAUGUGAAAUUAACGAGAGUCCUGUGAUUCUCAAGCUAAAUCCAUUUACUCGCAAUGCUGAUCUUCCUGUUACAAUGUAUGAAUCUGUAAUUGAUCUUGUUAACGGGGAGGCAACUAUGCUCUUUGUUGAGCUGAGUUAUACUUUGGCUACAGAGGAAGCAGAAAGAAUUGGAGUUGAUCAUGUUGCCAGAAUGGCAUCUGGUGAUUCAGCCGAAAGCUCACAAGUGGCGGAGCAAUUGCAAGCCCAGCACAACGCAGUAAAAAUGCUGGCAAAUCGUGUGCGAUUAAUAUUGGAAUACAUUCGAGCCAUGGAACGGGGAGAGGUUCCAAAAUCUCACGAAGUCUUGCGUGAGGCUAAAUCGUUGACCCACAGAUUGCCUGUUCUCAACUCGGAAAUUUUCCAGGAAGAAUAUUACACGCAAUAUAAUGAUGUCCUGCUGCAGACCUAUUUGGCAUCCAUUACCAAAGCCUGCCAUGACCUUCACCAAUUUGUCACUAAAUUCAAUAUACUUUGUGAUCGUCAAGGCAUAAUGGGUCGCCGGAUGCGAGGCCUGUUUUUUUGAACUGAGCUAUUCAUAAACUAUUCAAACAACAUUUUUCGUGUCAACCCUAAUACAGAAACUUCGUUACGAUUUAA